AUAUGAGCAUUUCGAGGAUGGAGCUGAGGGAGAGAAACGUCUGCAGACUCACUCGACUAUCAUCUCUCUCUCUCUGUUUCAACUGAGGACAUCACCACAGUCAUAAACAACAAAUCAUUUCUUUAAUUUUUCUCUACGUUUUCCGGGUAUUCUACGUCUUAUUUCGCCGCUGACAGCCGUCGACCGUGAAUACAUCCGUCCGUCUGUCAAACCGACAACCGGCUCCGCCAGCGAGGACAGCAAAGAGGAGCAUCCGGUGAGAGACUGCUCCCCGCCGGGCACACCUUCUGCUGGACUCACCAUGGAUGAAGACAACCACGUUCCAGAUGAUCUGUCUCUUGAGGAGAGAGACGAGCUUACCAACAUCCGACGCAGGAAAAGGGAGCUGCUGGACGAUAUAGAGAGGUUGAAGUUUGAGAUAGCCGAGGUCAUGACUGAGAUCGAGCAGCUGACAUGUGUUGGAGAAAGUAAAACCUCUCAGAGAAAUAAACAGAUUGCUAUGGGAAGGAAGAAGUUCAACAUGGACCCUAAAAAGGGAAUCCAGUUCCUCCUGGAGAACGACCUGCUUCAGCACUCCCCGGAAGACAUCGCACAGUUCCUCUACAAAGGCGAGGGGCUGAACAAGACUGUCAUUGGGGACUACUUAGGCGAGCGGGACGACUUCAACAUCAAGGUGCUGCUGGCGUUUGUGGAGCUGCACGAGUUUGCUGAUCUCAAUUUGGUGCAAGCGCUACGGCAAUUCUUGUGGAGCUUCCGUUUGCCCGGUGAAGCCCAGAAGAUCGAUCGUAUGAUGGAGGCCUUUGCUUCUCGCUACUGCCAGUGCAACCCAGGCGUCUUCCAGUCGACAGACACCUGCUACGUGCUGUCGUUUGCCAUCAUCAUGCUGAACACCAGUCUACAUAAUCCCAACGUCAGAGACAAGCCACCCGUGGAGCGCUUUAUCUCCAUGAACAGAGGCAUCAACGAGGGGGGAGACCUGCCGGAGGAGCUGCUCAGGAAUCUCUACGAAAGCAUCAAAAAUGAACCCUUCAAAAUCCCUGAAGAUGACGGAAAUGAUCUGACACACACCUUCUUCAACCCGGACAGAGAAGGAUGGCUCCUGAAAUUAGGCGGCAGGGUGAAGACGUGGAAGAGGAGGUGGUUCAUUUUGACCGACAACUGCCUGUAUUACUUCGAAUACACAACUGAUAAAGAGCCUCGUGGGAUCAUCCCUCUGGAGAACCUCAGCAUCCGGGAGGUGGACGAGCCCAGGAAACCUAACUGCUUCGAGCUUUUCAACCCCAACCACAAAGGUCAGGUGAUCAAGGCCUGCAAGACCGAGGCUGACGGGCGGGUGGUGGAGGGCAACCACGUGGUCUACAGGAUAUCGGCCCCCACGCAGGAGGAGAAGGAGGAGUGGAUCAAAUCCAUCAAAGCCAGCAUCAGCAGGGAUCCUUUCUACGACAUGCUGGCCACCAGGAAGAGGAGAAUAGCCAACAAGAAAUAGAGGACAUCAUCUGGAGCGACCCAACUGUGAGCAGCAGAGCUGUCAUGGGUGAAGGACGGGAGAGAUGAAGACUAAGUUGGGUUCAAUUCAUCACGGGAGUAACUUGCGCUGAAGGACGCGCUCUCUGCGGUAUCUGCAUCAACAGCGCUCUCUGCUGUGCGCCGGAGGAUGUGCACUUUCUUCUGGUUCCACAUUUUAUACCCGGUCAUUUCAACUUGAUUUUAUAGGACAGGAAACCUCGCGAUCGUGAAUCAGCUGGUCUGAUCGUAACCUCAACUAUAUGCAAAACUUUAAUUUCAGAACACUAGUAAGACUGUCAAAUUGGGUAAAAGCGCAGAUAUAUUUAAAGUGAAACCAUGUUCUGAGGGAGCCUCCGAUAAGCUAUAACGCAUCUCUUUGUCGACUAUCAGAAGAUUCAACUGUGAUCAUGUGUGUUUGUAUUUAUUUGUCCUUCAAGUUGGAUUUACAUUCGACACGUGUAUAUACUGUACAGAAUGUUUUUCUCUUGUGUGAACAGUAGGAGCCCAUACAUCCGGAUGUUCUUAGUUCAGGGCUGUGUUCCAUUUGGCACCAUAAGCACUGAGCGGUGUCAUGACGGGUUCGUUUUGCUUGCUGCUCCCUGAUGAGACGUGGGAACGAAACAAUAUCCAUCAAAAACAAGUGGAACGCAGCAGUAGUUUGCAGGUGCAAGGAACCCUCUCAUUUUUGAAUUUCAAUACAGUCAGAGCCAAACGUUUAAGACCACAGACUUUGGUUUGCAAUUCACUGAGAAGUCCAGCAGCCAGAUUGGGUUUUUAAGACCACUGAGAGCAGAACACUGAAGAAAUGUUUAUGACAAUCAUUUCCACCCCAUAUUUGGUUGGCUCAACUACAGCUGGUGGGUCUUCAACGUUGAGCCAAAACUGAAAUAUUGAAUGACUGUUCUCUUCACUUGAUGAAGUUUGAUGAAGUUUUAAUAAAAAUUAAAAAAUUAAAAAGCUAUACAGAACUCAGGAGGGUUUUUUGUGCUGAGGAGUUUGUUUUCUUUGAAAACUUACACUUGAAUUCAGUAUAGGGAAACGUUAAUGAAAGACAAUGUUGCAAUAGAUUUUCGUUCACUGUGAAUUUUUUUUGUCACACUAGUAUGGAAAAUCAAAUGGUUCUCGGGGACAACAAUUUAGUGGCAAUAAGAUGCAGUCCCAGUUAUGCAAGAUGAAAAUUCAAGACACACCUGUCAAGAGACAGAGCAGGAAACAAGCCGGCUGACUCAAAGAAACCCAGAACAAAAGGUCGUGUUGGACAUCAACAAGUGUAUUUUAAGGCCUUUACCUUACAAUGUAUAAAUCUGACAUGCUAAACUAUUGAAAUCAGCUUCAAAUUUGAAAACAAAAAGCAAUUUACACUCGUGACUUGAGCUGGAGAUUAUUUAGCGAAUCAACACAAGUCUGAAAAAGCGAGAGACAAAUCCUGAUACAGGAUCUUAACAUGUAAAAAUAACUGAUAGUACAGUUGAAAUUAACUUCACAGUUGUCUUUAGGACGCUACAAGACACCAAUCAUGAAUCUCAAUUUAAAAGCAAACACAUGGUCCGUUGCAGGAACAAAGGUUCGACUCUCAUUAGCCGAUGGUUAAAAAAGAGGCUAAGUAUAAGAAUGUGAGCAGAAAGACACGUUGCAGAGAGAAAAGCUCUGUCUGAGUUUAAUAAUGACUCAGUGGAGAGAAAAAAAAAAAAAAAAGCAAGAAAUGUCCUCAAGUGUGUCCAGGCAAACAUGGAGAGGUAUCUGUCUGCCGUCGUUCCUCCAGGGAUCCAGGUCAUCCAUAAACCUUGCAGCCCUGCUGACAUGUCCAUGUCUUCUUAAAGAAAUCUAUUCCCUUUGUCCCGAUUCUUCUGCGAA